AUCGCGAAUCUCCGGGCGCUUUGUUACCCCCCACGUUUUCUCUCGGAUUUACCGGGAAUCGAUCAGAUAUGAACUGGGUUCAACGAAAAAUCUACCUUUACAAUGUCACAUUCGGGCUCUACAUGCUUGAUUGGUGGGAACGAUACCUCUUCAAUGGUUUGAUGGUAGUCUUGAUGUGGUUCGUAGUAUACAACGGUACACGCUACUUUUCAGAACUCUUCAAG